CACCUUUGCGCAACAGCCGCUUCUCCGUCGAGAGGUCCUCACGGUGCACAAAGGCAGCUUCCGAGAGGGCAGCGUCAGCGCGAGAGAAACAACCUCGGGACCGCGCCACACCACCCAAACCCGAAACUUCACCCCUUGAGCUGUGUUUUACAAAAGGUUUGUUAAAGCCUAGCCAAAAUGGAGGAGAGUUACACUGAAGAUCAGGUAAACCUGACUAGUGACAAAUGCUGUCAGACGGAGAUACUUCAGCAGUGCUGUUGCCAAACGACACAAACCCUUCAAGAGCCCUGUGGAAAAACUCCAGUGUGUUCGAUCGAGCCUGGUGAUCCACCACUGCUUCAACAGCAGCUCCAGACAUCCAAGUCAGGAAUUCUUCAGAUCAUUGAGUGUUUUCGAUCAGGUACAGCUCAACUCAAAAACAUGCUGUUAAAGGAAGUUGACACCAUAUUUGAGUGCAAACGCUGUCGAAGUCUCUUCCGUGGACUACCAAAUCUGGUCACACACAAGGAAUUCUACUGCUUUUCACGGCAACCUCAGUCAGAUGAUCCCUCACAAGGUGGGCAAAGCCAGGCCAUCAAAGAACUUCUUCAAGCCAUCUAUCCCCAGAAAGACGGCACAGAGCAUGUCAUUCAUCUGGAGGCCAUUGAGACCAACCCUAAUGCAGUGUUCCAGCAUGUGUCAGAGGGUCACGAGGCACCCGAAAUCCCAACCGUUGCCUCCAGCGCUGAGAGCCCAGUGCCUGUAAAGAAAAAUCGGCGCAAGUCUAUUUUGGCACCCAAAAAGGUCCAACAGUCAGAUGUUGAGGAGGAGAUGGAAAACGAACCAGAAGAAGUGCCCACUAAAGAGGGUCCAAGCUCGGAAGAGCCAGAAAACAAUGAACAGGCCGAAGGAGAGGAAGAGGAAGAAGAAAGUGCCACCUCUGAAAUAAAGGAGAUGACGAUCUCUUGCUGCCUUUGCGGAAAAGAUUUCUGCUCCAGGCGCAGCAUUCGCCGCCAUUGCCGCAAAGUGCACUGGCAGAAGCUGGAGGAGUUGCGCAAGUUCACCGAGACACGCACGGUUCCUAUCAGCCUUCUGUCUGUGGUGAAGGACAAGUGUUCUCCUCCCUUUGAACCAACUCCAUCUCCUGGAAAAAGCUGCCCUGUGUGCAAAAAGUCCUUCGCCACUAAAGCCAACGUUCGUCGGCACUUUGACGAAGUCCAUCGUGGCUUAAGGCGGGACUCGAUCACACCGGAAAUCGCCACGAGACCCGGCCAACCUCUUUUACUCGCUCCCCCUGCACCAAAGCCGGCCAGCUGUCCUCCGAAGCAGGAACAGACGCAGAACAACCUGACAAAUUGUCGCUGCAAGCUGUGCAAGAGGAAGUACAGCUCGCAAGUAAUGCUUAGGAGGCACAUGCGAAUCGUUCAUAAGAUACACACUCUAGAAAACGGUUCUACCGCAAACCGCAGUCUAUCGAAACAAAAAUCCAAAACGAAGCACAACAAUAAAGACAAGGGCAGCACAAAGAAACAUGGUUCCUACAACAAAACAGCAAAAGCCACGGAGAACAACGGGGGGAGUUUUGACUUUCGAAGGAUCUUCUGCUGGUUGUGCAAACGUCAGUUCAGUACCGGUCAGAACCUGAGCAAGCACAUCGCCGAGCUGCACACGGACGGAUCCGACAGCAUCUACAUCAAGUUUUACCGCUGCCCCAUCUGUAGAUACGAGUCGAGGCGAAAGCGUGACGUCAUCCGACACAUUACUGUGGUUCACAAGAAGUCGUCGCGUUAUCUGGCUAAGGUCAUGCCUGCUUUGGAGAACCAGGCGGUGAAGAAACCUGCCGAGGCGAUCCUGAGCAGCAACAAGAAAAUUAAGGACGAGGGAGAGAGUGACAAGCACGACGGACAGGACAGCGACGAGCAAGAGCCACCGGCAUCCCCAAACCCUCAUAUGCAAGAUCCUGCUGUGUCUUUCAAAGCCAAGAAACAAGAAUCCCAAACAUCCCCCAAUACUCGAAAAAAUUCUGCUCUCACAGCGCUCAACACGGGCAAACAUGAUUCUCCUCUCCAAGUGUCCAAGAACCCGCACGUCACACGGAGUCAUAAUCUUAUGAAGGGGUCGCCCAUCACCAGAAGCCAGGAGUCGUGCACUGAGGUUAGGGUAACGAAAAACUUUUCCCUCCACGCGUGCGAUAUGUGUGGCCGCGCGUUUGCCAAAAAGGUCUACCUUGAGACGCACAGACGAAGACAUAAGACCGCCAUCACAAGUGGGAACAAGCUACAAGGACGAAGCACUCGAUCAAAGGCCCUCAUUUGAUUAGUUUUUCCCUGAACACAUAGCACAUUUGCACUGGAUCCCAUGGAUGGGUUUAUCUCCAUGUGAAAGAAGAGAUAGCGAUAUGGACAAGCUUAGGAGUAGAAAGCAGAGGACAACUUUUGCUUAAAGGACUGAGCAUGAACUGCACCAAAAAUUGCGUUUCCAACUUUCUACUCUAGAUGGCGCUGUUACAAAACUAAUGCUAUUCAAUCUCCAAAAAGAAAUGUAUCCUCAUUUGAUCAAAAUCAGUUUAUUUGGUUUAUUGUUGGUGUUAAACUUGUUUAACAUCUUAAUCAACUUUCAAAAUUAAUUUGUACAUAGAUUGUUUUUUUAAUCUCUCCGACAGACUAAAAUACACAAGGAAUGUUUCAUAAAAGGACUCCCAUGUAAAAAGUUUAGGAGGUGACUGUAUAACUUCCUAGAAAUGUACAGCAUGCCUAACUAAUGUUUAUUAACCAUAAGUAGAUAAAGUAAUGUAACUGCUUAAUAUUUUCUUGAUGCGUGAUCACCUCUCUAAUCAACUAUGAAUUGAAAUGCUGCUAAUUUGUUAGAAAUCUACCCUCAUAUUUCUUCUACCCUUUAAGUCAAAGCCUACACAUUAAGCUGCUCAGGAUGUGUCUUACUUAAAAACCAAGAUUUUGUUUUUUUAAACGGCUAAAAGUUUGUGUUAGUCUUACUUAAGGUUGCUACUGUGGCUAAAAUGAAAUAGAAUGCUAUUGUAUCUGCUUAGUUUGGUAGCCUACUAAUAACUAAAAAUGUUAAGAAAAUAAUUUUCAAGUUUUAGUAGAUGGCUCCCGUUAUUGCUUUGAAAUAGUUAUAAUGGUGUAACUGGCAUUUAAGCUAAAGCUAAGUUAAUUGCAAGUACCAUUUGUUUUAGUUGGAGUGCAUGCAGAAUGCUUAUCAACCCUUAGUUUGUGGCUACUUUAUGAAAAGCCAAAACCUAGAACCUUACUGAUGGUGUACUGCACUCCUUUUUAUUUGCAAAAUCCUGGUAUAACCUUGCUUGCAGUAGGAGUUUUUUGUCCAAAUAAAGAUAAAAAAGCCUUG